AUCGAGAGCUGGGAUACUGACAGCUGUCUGAUCAAUGAGACAAAAUUUCCUACUCUGAAUUUGAUCUCCGACAAUGCCGACUUCUUCAGCAUGACUUCUGGCCCCACAAAUGGUUCACGUGACAUCAGAAUAAACAAGUUUUAUGGCGUGAAAAGAGAUCGAUUCUAUGUUCGAAAUAACGGGAAUGGAGUGCUCUCCUUCAAAUUCGAGCCUGACGAAUUGACCUCUCAAGCUACAAUUCGUGGUCCAGGAUGGAAGGAGGAGUAUAUCCUCGCCAAGGGGGACAUUUAUUGGUCACUCGAUGAUAAGCAUGGAGCACAACACGCUCUAAACGGCAAAGCUUUUGCAUUAGAAAUGCAACUGGUUCAUUAUUUAAAGACUUUGGGGUCACUCGAAAAAGCAUCCAAGAACGCAGAGGGAGUUCUAGUGACGAGUAUUCUUUUUGAGGCAACUGGAAGACCAAGCCCUCAAAUGGAACCACUCGCAAGAUCUGCAAUGUCGGUCGGAUUCCCAAACAAGAGAUGGAAACAAGUUCAUGGACCGAUAGAUCUCAAAAUGAUUUACCCCGUAGACAUGUCAUACCUCACAUACAACGGACCUUAUAUUCACGAACCUUGUACAAAAAAUGCUCUUUGGUUCGUGUUUAAAACACCACUGCCAGUCUCAUUCUCACAGCUUCAACGAUUUCGAGAAUUAAGAAAGCACAACUCCCAACGGUGUUCAGGGGUCUUCAUACCACUCUCCCGUUCCACAGAUAAAAGCAGUGAUCGAGCUGUGAAGACUUCCAAUGGGCGCGUAUACCUAAGCAUUGUGCCUCAAGAAACACUGACUAAUGGUGGACGUACCAGAAUUCCUAACAGCGUAAUAAAAAUAUGCAUUGCGGUGAUUGUGGUCUUACAGUUUAUUUGUAUGCAAAUCACUUGAUGGCUUAUCAUGUAGGUAACUAUACUGAAAUGUAUUUACGUAAGACGAGUGAAUAAAUCAUGAUGUAAUCUCAUCUCAAGUCACAAAUGGU